GUUUGUUUCUUUUCCUUCGCUAAGUGGGAAAGUAAAAAAAAAAGUUCCACUCUCUGACUGAUCAUCAAUCGAUCGACCGAUCGAUCGAACCUCCACCGGAUCCCAUCCGCCACCGCCGCGCCAUGGCUCGGACCUCGAUCGAGCCGCUGAUCGUCGGGAAGGUGAUCGGAGACGUGCUCGACCCGUUCCACCCGCUCGUCGAGCUCACCGUUCACUACGGGUCGAGGAAAAUCUCCAACGGAUGCGAGAUCAAGCCCUCUGCCGCCCUCCAGAAGCCGUUCGUCCAGAUCCUCCGCGAUGCUCCCCCGCCGAUCUCCUCCGUGCUCUACACCUUGGUUAUGGUGGAUCCCGAUGCUCCGAGCCCCAGCGAGCCUAGGCUCAGGGAGUGGCUACAUUGGGUUAUGGUUGAUAUUCCUGAAGGGUCCGAUGCUACAAAAGGGCAGGAGCUGGUGCCGUACGUGGGGCCGCAGCCGCCGACGGGGAUCCACAGGUACGUGUUCGCGCUGUUCAGGCAGGAAAGGGCGCUGAUGGAUCGGAGCGUGGCGGUGGCGCCGCCGGAAAUGCGCGGGAACUUCUGCACCCGCCACUUCGCGGCCCGUAACGGGCUGGGCCUUCCCGUUGCGGCGGUCUACUUCAACUCGCGCAAGGAGCCUGCUGUUAAGAAACGGUGUUAGUGGUCGGGGACGGGCCGUUGUGGACUAUUUACGGGGUUUGGGCCGGGCUGGGCCGGGUCUGUAUAUAUUAUGUAGGUAACUAAGUACCGAUGGAGAAAUGGGCUUUGCUGAAAAUCCUAAUUUGCACUAUUGCAUUGCAUGUAUAGUCUGGCAGAAAAAUCUCACCCGACUCGGAGGUGUCUCUAGGUAGCUGGCUUUGUUUGGUACUUUUUAU